AUGACGAAAAAAUUAAAAACUCUACACUUAAUGUAGUCAUAUUGAAAACCUGUGUAAGGAUCAUCAUCCUGGAAAAUAACCCGUUUCGGGGUUAGGCACAUGCGGAAUUAUCACUUGAAGCCUUAGAAAUCGUGGCCACAGACAGAACAACAACUGAGCGAAUACUGUUAUUAAUGCGCAUGACCCAUGACCCUGCGACACGGUAUUGUUUCGAAACAAGGGACUAAAGGCUAAAGGUUUCGUCUUACGAACAUCGGGUACGAUUCAUUUUCCAGGUCCGCAUCAAUUCCAUUCGAUAAAGAACUCUAAUUCAGGAAAAGAGACAUGCUUCUUGCUCUUGUGCAGUUGAAGGUGACUGGAAACAAAGUAGAGGAUCUUAAGACUGCCCUCUUGUUGAUUAAACAAGCUGCAGAUAAUGGUGCAAAACUAAUUUCUUUACCGGAAUGCUUCAAUUGCCCAUAUGGUACUCAAUAUUUUGCUGACUAUGCCGAGCCAAUUCCUGGGGAGACAUCCAAUACUUUAUCAAAAAUUGCAAAAGACUUAAAAGUUUAUAUCAUUGGCGGCUCAAUACCUGAAACACGUGGUGAAAAGAUUUACAAUACAACAACAGUAUUUGGACCUGAUGGCACACUAAUUGGUACAUACAGUAAGAUACAUCUCUCUGAUGUAAAUGUACCUGGAAAACUAGUUUUCACCGAAUCCUCAGUUCUUUCACCCGGGAAUAAUCUGUUUACAUUUCAAGCUGGACCCUUAAAGGUUGGCCUUGGUAUAUGCUAUGAUCUGAGAUUUCCGGAGCUUGCCCAUUUGUAUGACAAGCAAGGUUGCAAUCUGUUGAUAUACCCUGGUGCUUUCAACAUGAUCACCGGACCUGCACAUUGGCUCUCUCUUUUAACUGCCAGGGCUUUGGAUAAUCAGCUCUAUGUUGCUGGUUGCGGCCCUGCUAGAGACGAAAAUGCCACAUACGUUACUUGGGGACACAGCACAGUCGUUGAUCCCUGGGGAAAGGUUAUAGCCUCAACGGCUGAGAAAGAGGGUAUUGUCUAUGCAGAAAUUGAUGCUGAUUAUGUUGACGCGAUUCGCAAUCAGAUCCCAAUUCAUUUUCAAAAAAGGAAUGAUAUUUAUCAGGGUAAUAAUCUCGUGGAAUCAUGAACAACUGUAAAUGAAUCUGUUGAACGAGAAAAGCCCCUGUAGUUUGUAUCUUCAGUUUCAUUUAGUUCUUCAAUGUUUUAGUACGUGUUUUCUAGAAUAAUUAGGCCUAGAUAAUCGUUAUCAAAUUGGAAUUUUAUACACAUUUUGGAAUUUAAUUACAUUUGUCAGCUCUCAAGUGUCGCGUGAUUUCUCUUAUAGCUGAGUCAGUCAGAUCUUUAGAGACUUUAAGAAAAGGUGGUGGAUGUAAGAAAUGAUUCAAAAUAACUUGCGGCAUCAGUUUCUCAGCUUUGUAGCUUAAAAUCUGCAAAGAGCUUUCAAAAUUUUAUCAAAAAACCUUCACCGCCUUUUAUAUAUUAAUUUUCUGUACUUUUUUAUUGCCACAAACAUCCUGUGAAUGUUCUAUCCUUUCCUUUAUUAUCCUUUUUCUUUUAUCCUUUUUUCCUUUUAUCCUUUCCGAUGACAAUCCAACUUGAUCAACUCUGAACCGUCUUUACUGCCAAAAUCCCUGAUUUACCCCUGCCUAUUGUUAUUUCACCUCUCCCAUCUAAUACUUUGUCAUCUCACCUCUCUUGCAAUAGCGUAAGAUUGAGUAAGAUUGGGUAAGAUUGAGAUUGGCAAAGGCUAGUUGAGGAAGAGAAAAAUGUAGAUCCACACCCUUUGGAACGC